UAUAAGGCGAACAAGUUGACACCCUGAAGUCACAGUAGGAUCCAGACCUCACAUGAUGCUCAGAAAGAGUGUUACUGAAAGUUUUGGGGCAGCAGUGUCAUGUUUGAGCACAUCUCAUCUGACAGAUGAAGUGAUUAGGAGGAGUAAGAGAAUGAUACUGGACACACUGGGAGUGGGAUUACUUGGAACCAGCACGCCAGUCUUUAACACUGUUCUCCAGUACAGCCAAAGACAGCAAGCAAUGAAAAACAGCAAAGUCUGGGCAAGACCAGGAUCAUCUCUUCCACCGCAGUAUGCUGCCUUAGUUCACGGAGUUGCAGUGCACUCUAUGGACUUUGACGACACCUGGCAUCCAGCCACUCACCCCUCCGGUGCUGUUUUGCCAGCUCUCCUGGCAUUAGCCGAAACAAUGCCUGUUAAACCCUCUGGCUUGGAGCUGUUGCUGGCUUUCAAUGUGGGCAUAGAGGUUCAGGGGAGGCUCCUGAUGUUUUCCAAAGAGGCAUACAACAUUCCCAAAAGAUUUCACCCACCUGCAGUUGUUGGGGUUAUGGGCAGCGCGGCUGCUACGGCUAAACUCUUAGGCCUCUCUCCAUCCCAGAGCAUAGCAGCUCUGGCAAUAGCCUGUUCAUCUGCUGGAGCUCCCAUGGCAAAUGCUGCUACUCAAACCAAGCCACUACACAUGGGCAACGCAGCACAGGGGGGUCUGGAAGCCUCUGAACUUGCUCUCCUUGGUCUUGUGGGCAAUACACAAAUUCUAGAUCUGGAAUCAGGCUUCGGGGCCUUUUAUUCAGAUUAUGUCCCUCACCAGCUGGCUGAGGUCACCCCUACUUCUUAUUACAGGUGGGCGUUGGAAGAUCAGAACAUUGCACAGAAGCGCUUCCCUGCCCACCUUGGGAUGCACUGGGUAGCAGAUGCAGCAAUGGAAGCAAGAUCGAAAUUUCUAGACAAAUACCCAAAUGCCAAUCUCAAUCAGAUUAAGAAAAUUACACUGAGAGUGCCCUUAUCCAGAUAUGUAGACUGUCCUGUUCCAGUUACCGAGCACCAGGCCAGACACUCUUUCCAGUUCAACUGCUGCACUGCUCUGCUUGAUGGUGAGGUCACCGUUGAAUCUUUCAGCAAAAGUCAGAUGAACAGGAGUGCUCUUAAAGAGAUGCUUCUCAAAGUACAUUUGGAAAAUCCACAAGACAAUCACUCGAACUUUGAAAAGAUGUAUUGUGAAAUUGCUGUGGAGACGACACAGGGGGAAAUGUUCACUGCACGCUGCAACACAUUUUACGGUCACUGGAGGAAACCACUUAGUCAUGAGGAUCUGGUGCAGAAGUUCAAGGCGAAUGCAUCAACUGUGCUAACCCCGGAUGUAGUGGAGGGUAUUAUUUAUAUUGUAGACAGUCUGGACACAAACCAAGACUGCUCAACGCUUUGGUCAAAUAUGCAUCUUAAUAAGGAAAUGUUGCUCACAGAUGAGCGCUACUACUCAGUUUCGGCUUGAAUUAUAUUGUAACGUCUGACAGAGCUAUGUAAUUCUUUUAUAAAUGUAGAUAUAUAUAAUUAUAAACUUUGAACUAAAAUACACAUAUGUUUUUGAAACAUGACUUAUCAUGAAAAUGUUAUUCUAUCCUAAUCAACCUAUCAUAAUUGUAUUCCUCAUAUUUUCGUUUUGACAUCUUAAGGCCAGGCUUUGUAGCUAAACUUCUGAAGAUGAAUGGAGAAAUUCAGAUGAGGUAAAAGCACCAUGUACUAAUUACUAAUAAAGUUACCGGUCAGCUUUGCGGGUGUUCAUUUUGAACCCUGUCUGUACAUUUGGGAUGUGACUCAUGUGAGAACAGAGAAAAACACUACAUUUUGAGCACAUCCUGACUAGUCGAUUUGGGCAACAUCGAGUUUUUUUUUUCAAAUGCACAGAAUUUCAUAAUAGUGCUCUUUUUUUUUUCCAGAAGUAGUUUUUGCCCCCAAUGGAGAGGAAGUUCUUUUGGCACAUGCAAUUGAAAUUAGAGAAGAGAAAAGAGAGUGGGGACCACAGACAAAAAAGACGUUUUCAUUCUCACACAUUUUGAUCGAAAGGAUUCAGAUCGCUUUCUCUUCAGUUUUUAUUUCAUUUUGUGCCUUUUUUUUUGUGUUCUACUCCAGCGUGUUCAAAUCGCAUUUUUAUAAUACUUUUUAAUAA